AUGGAAGCAUCAAAGACUUUUGUAGAUUCUAAGGCAAGACAGUAUAUGGUGCUGCAAACAGAAAUGGUUCGUUUGAAACGCGAAGAAAAGGCGUUGAUACAGUUUUAUGAGAAACUGACUGCUCAAAGUUCGGCCCUUAAAUUAGAGGCUAUUCGGCUUAAAGCGCUGCUGAAAAAAGCUACUCAAAGUCCUCAGGAAUAA